AUGCCGCCGCGAAUCCCCUUAUCCUCAAUCUCCCACCUCCCUACGACUCCCUGUCGUCUGCCAGCGCGGCCAGAACGACUCCUAAAGAACUCCAACCGGACACUCCCAUUUUCUUCAACUUGCUCUACUCCGUUUGGCCCUCGUUUACACAGGCCAUAUUCCACAGCGCAGUCUCAAGCAGCCAAACCGCAAUCGCGCCUACGCCAAGUGGUGGGAUUCACGUCGAUAGCAGUCGUUGCAUUCACUGCCGGACUUAUUUAUCAGACCCAGAAAACCGUUUCGCGCAUGAUGACGGUCACCAUGCCCACCGACGAGGAGACUCUCAGCGCUUUCGUCCCUGCCGAUGAUUUCUCCAAGAAAGUGGAGGAAUACAUUCGCAAUCACCCUGUGACUCUCGCGUUGCGGGAAGACCCCGCUUAUACCGAAUCUCGGCCACACAUGAAGAUCCCUGAGGAACUGCGGGCGCGCCAUCUGACAGCGGGCAUCCUUGCGACCCCGGGAGGCAUAGUCGUGCCCCCGUACGUGUUCUGCGAGGAUGGCGGCAAGAGUCUGACAGCCAUCUUCUACCUUGGCUCGGACGUGUCGGGUCACCCAGGCAUUGUCCACGGUGGUCUUCUGGCGACGCUCCUGGACGAGUCUAUGGCCCGGUGCUGCUUCCCUGCGCUGCCGAACAAGGUGGCCGUGACAGCCAAUCUGAACAUCGACUAUCGGCGACCGGCGAUGGCCAACAACUAUACCAUCUUGAAAGCGAGGACGGUGAAGGUGGAGGGUCGCAAGGCCUGGGUUGAGGCACAACUUGAGACUCUUCCCGAGGAGGGAGAGGAGCCGGUAGUCUUGGUCGAAGCUAAGGCUCUGUUUGUUGAGCCCAAGCAAGCUGCGGCCAUGGCGAGUUUGUACAAGGUGACCAACUAA